CUCCUACAGUGGUACCAGCGAAUGGGCGUAAAGUUAUGACAAUCAAAAUGGGCAGUACAGCCAACCUCGGCUGUAACGCAACUGGUAACCCUAAACCUAACAUAACGUGGAGUACUGAGGGACGAGUGCUAAAGUAGGGAAGAACCUUACCAUUGCGAACGCGAAACCGGAGGACAAUGGCAAAUACAGGGUGCACGGCGAGCAACGGCGUGGGUCGGCCCGCUUCCACGACCAUUACGCUGGAGGUCAUGCAUCCGCCUGUAGUUCGAGCUCAGGAGACGGAAGUGUACACAGGAGUAGGCCACGAAGCGACGUUAGCCUGCUUUGUCUACGCCGAGCCCCGCGCCCAGGUUCAGUGGUAUAGGAAAGGGGGCACGCCAGUCGAUCCUAUUAGACUCAUAAGGACGGUUAACAAUCAUAAAAGAUAUUCACUACAGUUUGUUCGAGUACAUUUAGAAGACCUGGGAGAUUAUACUUGUAACGCCACGAAUUUCAUGGGCAAUGAUUCGGCUUCAGUUAGACUAUCUGCUAGACCGAAACCUGUUAGAUAUUCGAGUCCUCAUCAGGGAGAUAUGGAGAGCAAUUAUACACUCGUUUGGGAUGUCGAGUCGUAUGUUCCAGUCUUAUCAUAUGAAAUUGCGUAUAGGAAUGACACCGACGAGGAGGACCACUGGAUCACCUUCAGCGUCCCCGGCACAACGUCGUCCUCCAAGUACCACUCGAUGAGCCACACGUUCACGGACCUCGAGCCCGGGUCAGCCUACCACGUCCGGGUCGUAGCGAGGAACGAGUACGGGCGCGGGGAUGUGAACGAGUCCUUUGCCUUCACGACGCUAGAUGCUGCCGGCACAGACUAUCCCACAUACGUCCAAACGAGUGUGGAAGUGUCAGCCGAGGCAAGCAACCAAUUAGAAGACAUAGUUUCAGAGGCGGAGGCCGGCGACGUCUCCCAAGAAACCCAGAAGACGGCAGCGGCAGCCAGUGAAGCCUUAGUCAAUCAGACAAACCCAGAAGAUAUUACAAGAAAAGAAGUAUCCGUGGCAGGACAAGCUGUAAUCCACGAUGACACUUCAGCUGCGAAUGAACUGAGUCCGAAAGAGAGAAAGAUGCAGCUGAUGGCCCUCGUGACAGCAAUCAGCUUGUCAUCUUUUUUCUGAUAAUUUGCUAUGAGGUUGUGAGGAGAAUAGUCUUCAUUCCAGGCCUAGACAUGUACGUUGCUGGGGGCGGCUUUGAUAUGCCGUACGAAUAACAUCUUCCAUGCUUUGAUAUGCCGUACGAAUAACAUCAUUCAUGUUUUGAUAUGCCGUACGAAUAACAUGUCUAUUCGGGAGCUAAAGAUAAAAUUAUGAUUAGAUAUUUUUCCUUCCAUUGACUGGUAAUUUGUAUGACAUUGCUGCGCACACACACAUGUACACGCUUUCAUACACAUACACGCUACACACACACGCCUACACGCUUACAC